AUGCCCGGUGGAUUUCACAAGGAUGCUCCCAUCUCCUGCAUUGUGAUCAGUGGCAAAAGGAAACCUGCUGUGCUGCAGCGUGAGCCUCCGGUCCCGCUGCUGGGCACCGCCGGGUGCAGCCCGGCUCCGUCCUCUGCGCAGCUCCCUGUACGGACCGAUGGCCGCGCCCGGGAUCGCCCCGAGCCUCCUCUUCUGCAGGCUGAGCCGCCCCAGCUCUCCCGGAAUCCCACCCCAGCCAUUUCCCACGCGGUGCCGAGGAGGGAGGGGACGCGGGGGGAGCGACGGGGCCGGCGCUCGCAGUGCUACGACACGGCCGUUUGCGCCGCCCCGUCCUUACCCGGCGGUGGGUACGGGGACGGGGCGGCUUAUUGGAGCUGCAGAAACGACCGCGGGCAGAAGCGCCGAGAAACGAACGGGAAACGUUUAAUCCACGAACGCACACAGCGACAAACAGAGAAACGACCGCGUUGCCAACCGGCUCCCGUACAAACGGCGACUCUGGAGGACGGCUCGGUGCCGGCGGGGGAUGGACAGGCCCCGCGCCGCCUUCCUCCGACCGCCCGGCGUCCCCGAGGCACGGGGCGGGCGGCGGCGCAGCGCCGCUUUCCCCGCACGGAGCCCCGCGGCUCCGCCGCCACUGCAGAAGGGGCCGGGCGCUGCGCGCGGGGUCCUUUCCGCCCGCUGUCGCGCCGUCAUUGCGUCAUCACCGCGCGUCCCGCAGGGCCCCGGCCCGGCUGCCCGCGGCGAUGCCUGCGGUUGUUGCGUUGCGGGAACUCAGCGCAGCCUGCAGAGAGCGGUCCGGCGGCACGGGAAGAUGGAGGCCGUGCGGUGCGAGUGCCUCAGCGGUGUGUGCAGCCCGCGAGGAGCCGAGCGGGGCCGGGAAGAGGAAGCCGUGAGAGUCCCGGGGAGGGACGCGCGAUGGCAGCGUCAGCGGCGGGCUCGGCUGCUGCCUCCUCCGCUCCUGACGCCGCGCGCUGGCGCACUUUGAGAAGCGCCCAGAAGCCGGAGCCCGCUGUCACAUCUGUGGGGUUCCACGGAACGCGCAGACGUGGGCUGCCAGCUGCUGGUGGACCUGAAUGAGAAGAGAUUGACCCAAAACUCGAAUGAUGAGGACAAUGCACGUCUGCUUUUCCUGCUUGAGAAAAUCCAACUGAAUGCCAGCUCACAGAGGAAGUAUUUUUCCAGAUAAACUCUCUGGGCAUGCUGUUCUCUCCUGGUUGAACCCAAAGGUUCCACCCAUGCAGAGGUUAUUCCUGUGCCCGUCUUCCAAAGCCCAGGCUCCAUGAAGGCACAGAUGAAGAUGCCAUCACUGACGGCUUGACCAAACUCAAUGCUUCCCAACGUCAGCGAGUUCUGAUCACCUACAAGAGCACUCCUGCAGGGUUUGAUCGAUGACUGGAAGUGACUUGAAGCUGAGUGGGAAUUCUGAGAGGGUGAUGAUUGGGAUGAUGACUGCCAGCACCGUGUGUGACGUGCAGAACUAAGGAGGGCUGUGAAGGUUUGGAAGUCUUCCUUUCGAAUGGCUCAAGUUCUGGCCAAGGACUUGCUGCUUUGUUAUGUAUGCCUUCUUAUUUAUUAACUCUUAAAGAAACCUGGCUGCACGUCACAAGCAGGUGCUGGUAUCUGAAAUCUUGCUUGGCGAUUCCCUAGGGAGCAGGAACAGGUGAAGGCUGCCUGAUUGAAAUUCUGGCUUCUCGCACCAGUGAAGAGAUUGGUCGCAUUGAUGAGAACUGCGAGCUUCAAGGAGCCCAAAGCACACCUGAGCUGCGUUUCGCUGUGUUUGUGAGCUGUGUUCCCUUUGAAGGACUCCAUUAUCCAUCUCCAGCACCCGUUCCUGAAUGGGGAGUUCUCAGGAGUUGCUUCCAGUAGAUGCUCUGGUGAACCGAGUCUUCUCUCCUUGGGUCCUUGCAGGGAACAGAGGUCAGUUGUCCAUCUCAACAUCCAGCGCAGGAACAACAUUUCAUUCCCACAGUGCAUAAUGCUGUGAAGGCAUCGCAGGCCGCCCGCUCGUCUCCGCUGUGCUCAGGGGCUUUGCUGAGCUGCAGGCCCAGCGCUGCAGCCCCACAGCGCAGCCUCACGUCUGGUGACGGACUGCAGCUGGAAAACCCUGGCAGCGGAGGACGCUCCUGCCCCACAGAAGGACUCGCAGCUCCAGCGCCCUCAGUGCUGGAAGGAGGCUGCGGUGCCUCCACGCGAUGGAUGCGGUCCACCCGACAGCUCGUGUGGCUCACCGUGCGAGGCCAGCAGGAAGAAAGGUGGGCACGGGAUUAUCAUGAGCUCUAGAUAUGCAGCUAAAAGAGUCUGAAAACCAGGAGUCCAAACCCUUGUCUGUGGAAGGCCCACCUAGUUACCCAGCUCCUGAGCAAAGAAAAGGAAGAAUCAAGUCUUCAGUCAGCACACACACUCCAGUCAGUCAGCUCCGCAAUAAAAGCUACCUUUUCCAUGCACCUCCACUUACGUGUGGCAGAAAAGUGUUCUGGGCAUUCAGCACAUUGGAUUCACAUUCAAUUAGCAAUCCAAACUCCAAACAGUUAUUUAUGAUUUCUUCUCUCCUUCUGCAGUCUCGUUUCCUCAAAGGGCGCUGCUUUACCCUGACUGGGCUGGCUCCUGCUUUUACCUUCACUGCUAUUGGGGCUGCAUUUUUGGCUCUGCCAGGCAUCCCUGGUAGCCACACUCCUAAGUGCACGUGGUGUAAGAUUUCUGUAACUUCUGGGGGGACGACCUUGUUUUUCCCAGGUUGUGUUAAAGCCAGAGGAGGGGGAGAUGGUGGGGAGGGAAUGGGGUGAGGGGUGGGCGAUGGGGAGCUGGAAGGGAUGGAGUGGGGGGUGUGGGGGAGGAGAGCAGAAUGGAGGACGUGGAAAGAGAUGGAUGGAGAACAGGGGAGAGGAUGGGUGGAGAAGAGGAUGGGUGGAAAACGUGGAAGGAGAGAUGGACAGAAGCGAAGGGAUGGAGAACAAGGGACCAAAGCACCAAACCCCUCUCACCUUUGGGCCCAGCUUCUUCUUCAGUGCAGCUCCUGCGGCAGGCAGGGCCUCAGCUCUUCCCACAUUCCUCCCUUCCUGCAAGGUUGCUUUUUUUCACGCCUACUUUGCUGUGCUAUGGGUAGCUUUCCUACUUGCUUUCCUGUAUAUGUUACCAUCCAUUGCUUUUCACUUUUUAUUCUCUUUUUGUUUCAUUAUUUUCCCUUCAACCCUCCCCACCCCCUCUCUCCUCUCCUCACCCCUACCUCCCAUUUUUUCCUUCCCCUCCCCCCCCUACUCUUUCCUCACCUUAUGGCAAACUUUCCCAAAUAGCUGCAGGCUUCUCCAAGUGCAGAUUUGCCUGCCAGGUCUUAAUAGACUAAGAUGCAACUUUUUAGGAACAAAGUCAAUACAAAACAAAAGAACAGAAGAACAGAAGAAACCCAAACACAUUUCCACAAAUGCCUUUGUUCACACCUACCCAUUUCAAUCACUGGAUGUCAGGGAAACCGAGGAGCUAUUCCACUGAGCUGAGGCUUGGCUCUUGGUGAGAGGUGUUUUCUGAAUGGCAAUUUUUCAUUUCGCUUCUGCUUUUUAACUUUCCUACAUGUGCACAUGUAGCACUGGGAACAGGAGCUGUCAGGCACACAGAAUUGAAGGAAUCCCAUGGAACACCAGUGUGAGGUUGGCAUUUCCACUGAGCCGUCAGAUGCACACUGCAGGAUUGUUCUGGGACCUGCAGCAAUGAUUCUGCACAUCUCCUGAGAAAACUGAUAGCACUGCACAGCAUCCAGGGCAAGGAGAACUUUCUAAACGGAAAAACAGGUCAAAGAAACGGCAAAGGAAUGGAGAACAGGAAGGAUUAAAAUUUGCAGUAGCAGCUUGAGAGCUGUCUGAUAGACUGCAAGAAAAAAAACAGAAGCAUUGGUCUUCUGUCCAUCAAAUAAGUACAAAAAUGACAAAGCUAAAUGUAACACAAAUUACAUUAACUGGCUGCUGUUAAUAAAGAGACAUGCACAUCUGAAAUGCUCCACAGAAUUCCCAGAGAUCACACCUUGCCACAGAUGCCCCAGGUACCCUGAAAGGCAGUAAGAUCUGUGAGCUGCGUUUCUGAGCUCUGUUCCAGAACUCUGAGAUGACAGACAGCAGGACUUCAAAUGCUGACGUACCAAACUGACACCAGGAUUUCCUGCCUCUCUUUAAUCACGAGCAGUUUUGAGCACAGCAUUACUGCACCGCAACGUUUCAGUUCACUUCUAGAGCCUUCUGCCAGACGUGGGUUUCAGAGAGGGGCAGUAGUCCAGGGGCUCAGGCACUUGCUGUGAUCCAGGGCUGCAAAUGGUCUUUGUCUACUGAAUUUCACCAGACCGUUCCUGUAGCAGGGAGCUGCCCAUAGCUUUGCAUCAGUCAGCUGGCUCUGAGGGUGCAGGCAAGGCUUUGGCUCAGAUAGACCGGUACUCUUCUUUUCUGCCAGUACUUGGCUGACGGAGUUUGUGGCCGUUCUGUGGCAUGGAAUGCAAUCAGCACGGAAGCAUCGUUUGUCGUUGUGGAUUUUGAGUAAGAUUUCUCACCCUCUGCUCAUGAUGGGUAAGAGUUCAGGUGUCCAAAGAGAAUAGUUGAGCCGAGAAAAAAAAAACAGGGCGGGAAAGACAAAGGAACCGAGG